AUGAAGGACACUGGUCAAACCACUCCACUUAAUCCAAUGGUGGGGGAAUUUAAGCCCGAAAAUGUGACACCAAAUAAUGGUAAUACAGUGUCAGGAUCAAUUGCGACCAGUAAGAAUAUUCAAGAUAAAGUUAAUUACUCCCCCUUACUUGCUGUUAAUGUUAGAUCUGCGGACGGUGUUUGGAUUAGAGCAAAUUGCUUUCUUGACAUAGGGAGUGAUACCACUUUAGUGCGCAAGCAAUUUGUUAAUUGUCUUGGUUUACCUCAUCUUGGUUCAAGUACCCUUAAGUUUGGCACAGCGGGGGGAAACGUACACGAGGAACUUUCACAGGAUUUUAACUUAGAAAUUAAACCCCUCAAAUAA